AUAUCAAGUAUGGCGAAGACAUACGACUAUUUGUUUAAAUUACUGUUAAUCGGCGACUCUGGUGUCGGGAAGACUUGUGUCCUCUUCAGGUUUUCAGAAGACGCCUUCAACUCGACGUUUAUCUCAACUAUAGGCAUUGAUUUCAAGAUUAGGACAAUAGAGCUUGACGGCAAGAAGAUAAAGCUACAGAUAUGGGAUACGGCCGGUCAGGAGCGCUUCCGAACAAUCACAACAGCCUACUACAGAGGAGCAAUGGGCAUCAUGCUUGUCUACGACAUCACCAACGAGAAGUCUUUUGAGAAUAUCAAGAACUGGAUUAGGAACAUAGAGGAGCAUGCAUCAUCAGAUGUUGAGAAGAUGGUCCUCGGCAACAAGUGUGACAUCAACGACAAGCGGCAGGUGUCCAAAGACAGGGGCGAGAAGCUCGCAUUGGAGUAUGGAAUAAAGUUCAUGGAGACCAGUGCAAAGGCCAACAUCAACGUGGAAAAUGCAUUUUUGACACUUGCCAGAGACAUCAAAUCAAAAAUGGACACAAAAUUGGAGGGCAACACGGCUCAGGGCAGCAGUCAUGGAGUCAAGAUCUCAGAGCCUCAGAAAAAGACCAGCUUCUUCCGCUGUAGCCUUCUCUGAGGACCGAGGUCUUCGGUACUGGUUGCCAGCUGGCUGGACAUAAAUGGACUGCUUGCUCUUAGCACUUCCUUCUUUCUUCCCAUCCACGGCCUGUCCUCCCAGUCCACACGAGCCAUUAUAUUCCCAGUAAGCGAAGGACUUCCCCCUCCUCUCUUCCUCUUCUGAAAACUUCCAGCGGUGCAUCUCUUCCAUUUUAAGGAGAUCUGUUGUCUUCAUGUGUCAGAGUGCUUUACUGAUAGAGGACUCCACCAGGAGCAUUGUCCAGAUGUUCUUCAUCACACAAAAGACAGGCUCUUACUUCUGGUGUUAGUCUUUUUGUUCUACACACUCAUAUUUCACACAGCCGGUAGCAUAACCGGGGAUGAGAAAUCAUUCAAUUAUUGUCAAGGUUUUGGGAUUGCGAAUACAAAUGUGAGAUUGAGAUCUAUUUUUAUUAGUGCCCUUUCCAUUUUUAAGUGGUAAAUGUCAACCAGAGACUGAUAGGCUUGAACUCUAGUGAAACAGAGUUGCACAUGCUUUCAUUUUAGGAGUUGUGAAUCAAAUCACUCAUCAGGCAGUCAAGGAUCAGAGGAAUUGGAUUGAAAGGUUUUCCAUUUGAGUUCUGCUCAUUGAUUUGCAAGUAGUCCUUGACAAUCAUUCGAUGUGACUUAAAAUGUCUGUUUCAUCUUGUCCUGAUCAUAACACAGUGCCUCCAACUCAUUUUACCCUUUCUGCUAAAGCUUCCAAGGCAGUUUGGCAACACAAAACCUAAAAAUACAAUUCAGAUUUCUGCCUCUGUAGAUACAUUUCUGCUGUCAAAUUAUCAGCAGAACAUUGGUGAGGUGACGUUCUCCUGCUUAGGCUUUCUCUGGUGUAGUUUCCUGCUGGAAAGUAUUGUACACUGUGGCGUGAAAGUGAAAAUGUGCAAACACUGCAUCGUGACCCAUAUGUAAG